AUGAGUGUGCAGAAUAAAAAGCUAUUGUUCAUGUUGUUAUGUUCAUUAAUUCUUCUCUUAUGCUUAAUUGCAAAUGGUUCAAGUCUAAUUUUACCCGCAGAAAUCAAAGAUAAGUACGCUGACAAAACACUAGAAUCUUUAAGCGUGUUAAUUGAGUUUUUUGAAAAACAUGCGAGCGAUAUAAAUCUUGAUGGAAUAUAUGGUCUUCGUUUGGCUCAAGGACAAUUAUUACAACUAAAUGAUUAUCUGACAAAAUUCAAAUCAAAAUAUACUGAUCAAAAUUUACACAUUAAAAAAUUAGCCGAUAAAAUAGACUCAAUUGCAAAUGAAUCAUUAUCAACGAUAAAACAAAAUUUUUUCGACUAUUAUAUACGAUUUUUACCCGUUGCAUCGAAACCGUUUAUAUGUGAAUAUAAACAGCGUCCAAUACGUGAACAUUUAAUUCGACAAGAUAAUUUAGAUUCAACAUUUGAUGAAGAUACAUCAGAUGAUUGUUUUGCUGAAGUAUUAGGAACAACAAAUGAUAAAAAUACAAAACAGUGUAUGAUCGAUGAACAAUGUUGGAAGAUGAUGACAAUUGAUAAUGGACAAGAUUAUAAACUAACACAUCAGCUAUUAUGGUUUAUACUUGCUAAAAGUAUUGGCUGUCUGGAUAAUCGUAAAUCAUCCGCAUUAGCUAACAAACAUUUAGAAUAUAUAGAAGAUAAAUUUUGUUCAAAUAUUUAUCGUGAUGCAGUGACAAAUAAAAAACAAGGUCGAAAUCAAGAUUUAUUUUUAGAACAAAUUCUUUUAUGUUCAAUAUUAGGGUAUGAAGAUUUUCUUAAAAUAGAAUGGUUAAAUGAUAUUCUUCAAUGGCAACAGCCAACAGGAUGUUUUUCAGAUAUGUCAGAAAUAUGGACAGUGGACACAAAAUCAUUUAAAAAACGACAAUUAUUAGUUGAACAAGAAAUGGCGGAUGGAUGUUUAUCACAUAAGAGUGGUCUAGCGUCAGGAGUACUAGCUGUAUAUCUAAGAGCAUUGUCACAAUAA